AACUCGGAAGUUCUAUCUUUCUAUCUAUCCAAUCCACUGUUCAGUGUCCGAGCGGAGCAGAAGCUCCACAGUCCAAAAUUUCUUCGUUUACCUGAACCGGAAAUUUCACAAAUGACAACGUUUUCCCUCUUGUUACUUCUAAUCUGCAUUUGUACUGCCCUGCAAUGAAAUUUGAGCCAGCCACUAUGGCUUGCGUGCUCUGCAGUCUCUAUUCGCCCGAGCUUCAAGCCAUGCCAAUGGUGGUAUGCGAAGCACGUUUCCGGCCUUUAAUGCUCGGCCGGCGAAGUGUCUCUCGCUCGUCGUUUCUUGGCGCCGAAAGGAUUCCAUCGCCGCAGGUACACGUGCCACCAGAUGCCAUUGCAGAGUCCAUACAAGAUAACUCUUCAUCUGGGGAUUCAUAAUUGUCUUUUGGGAUCACCCGUAAUGUGUGUCAGAAAAGAUACUGAUAUGUCAGGGAACUCCUCCAUAUCCUGUCGGGAACUAUGCAAGGUGCUUUGGACCAUUGAAGCUACUUUAGAAGAUGGACAGCUUUUGUAUCUAACAGGAGAUUCAACUGCUUUAGGUCAUUGGGAGCCUGAGAUGGCUGUUCUCAUGAUGCCUGCUGAACAUUCGAACUUGUGGAAGACCGAAGUUAAGCUACCUUGUGGGAUGAACUUCAAGUACAAUUAUUUCGUAAAAGGAGAUAAAUGGUCAUCUUCUCAUUUAGUUUGGAGACCUGGACCUGAAUCUUCUUUGUUAGUGCCUCAAACUUCCAAACUAAAGGAAAGGAUUGUGGUCAGGGAUUCGUGGAUGAAGACGGUGUGCACUCAGAGGCAUCUGGUAGAGUCAUGGGAAUCAUGGAUUUGGGAGUCAUACUUUCCUGUACAACCCACAACGUCAGCUUCAUCUGAGGAUGAACUCGGAAUACUAGAAAGCCCUCAAAUUGAUGCCUUAGAGACAGAGAAUUUCUCAGUUGACCUUAUAGUCGAAGAGGAGUCUUACUCUGUUGAAAGGGAUGACACAGUUAAUGCUAGUACCAAGGUAUGGGAUUCUGGCCACAUAAUUUAUGAAAGAGAUCAACCUGUUGAGGAGCCCUGGCUGCUCCAAUCUUCUCUCUCCUCCCUUGAUUUCAAAGAUGAGAUGGGUUCUUCUGUGUAUGAUGAGAUUUAUGAUCUAGUCAUGUCAACCCAACCGGAGUUCCUUGAUAAGAGUUAUCUGGAUGAUGAAAAAUUGAUAACUGAAGAAGGAAGUAAAUCAAUUUGUACUGAGGAGUGUGUGGACACUGUUAUUCUGAUUAACUCUUCGAUAUGUACUAUGCAAAGGAUUGCCGUCUUGGAAAAUGGGAAAUUGGUUGAGUUAUUAUUGGAACCAGUUAAACACAACGUGCAGUGUGAUAGUGUGUAUCUUGGAGUAAUUACAAAACUUGUUCCCCAUAUGGGUGGUGCUUUUGUAAAUAUUGGGAUUUCCAGACCUUCACUUAUGGACAUCAAGCAGAACAGGGAACCAUUUGUAUUCCCUCCUUUCCGUCAUAGGACAAAGGAGAAACAAAUUAAUGGUUCUGUGAUUAGUGAGCUCAAGGAGCUGGCUGACGUCAACAAGAGCGACCCAUCUUCACUUGGUGAUGUUGGAGUUCUUGAUGAAUUAUCAGAAAUUGAGUUUCAGGAUGGGCUGGUACCAUUCACACAUGAUGAUUUAGAUGAACAUGAAGUUGAGGAUAACUUUCACGCUUCAGAGGUUCUUCAGGGGAAUGUAAAUGGCAGCAUGAUUGAAUAUGGUGGGGUUGAGUCAGAUUCUGAGGACUUCUUUGAUGGAAAUGGACAUAACCUAGAGCGCAGAGCUACCUGUGACUUCCUUCCAAAUGAACCAGAAGGGUCCAAUGAUCCUCAGCUGUCACACCAUUCCUUUCAAGAUGGGAAGGGUUAUAUAAAGGAAAACAAGUGGGCCCAUGUUCGCAAAGGGACUAAAGUGAUUGUACAAGUUGUCAAAGAGGGAUUGGGGACAAAAGGUCCUGCUCUGACUGCUUAUCCAAAUCUAAGAAGCAGAUUCUGGAUAUUGAGUACACGCUGUAAUAGAAUUGGUAUCUCAAAGAAAAUUUCCGGUGUUGAGCGAACAAGGUUAAGAGUCAUCGCGAAGACCUUGCAGCCUCCAGGCUUUGGUCUGACUGUAAGGACUGUUGCUGGUGGUCGUUCCUUGGAGGAAUUACAGAAGGAUUUGGAGGGCUUGCUUUCCACAUGGAAAGAUAUAAUGGAACAUGCGAAGUCUGCUGCUCUUGCUGCAGAUGAAGCUGUGGAAGGGGCAGUUCCUAUUAUUUUGCAUAGGGCGAUGGGACAAACCCUAUCCAUUGUGCAGGAUUAUUUUAAUGAGAAGGUUAAGAGCAUGGUUGUUGAUUCUCCGCGAACAUAUCAUGAGGUCACCACCUACCUUCAAGAGAUAGCUCCUGAUCUCUGUGAUCAAGUGGAGCUAUACAAUAAAAGAAAUCCCAUUUUUGACGAAUAUGGAAUUGAAGAAGAGAUCAAUGGUAUCCUCAAUAAAAGGGUCCCUCUUGCUAAUGGAGGUUCUCUAGUAAUCGAACAAACUGAGGCAUUAGUUUCUAUUGAUGUAAAUGGAGGACAUGGGAUGCUUGGUCGAGGGACUUCUCAGGAGAAGGCUAUUCUUGAAGUCAACCUUGCAGCUGCAAAACACAUUGCAAGGGAGUUACGGCUCAGGGACAUUGGUGGCAUUAUUGUGGUAGAUUUUAUUGAUAUGGUUGACGAAUCAAACAAAAGGUUGGUCUAUGAGGAAGUGAAGAAAGCUGUUGAGAGAGACCGAUCAACAGUGAGAGUUUCUGAAUUGUCUAGGCAUGGACUGAUGGAAAUAACCAGAAAGAGGGUUCGUCCCAGUGUUACAUUUAUGAUCAGUGAACCAUGCACUUGCUGUCAUGCCACAGGGCGAGUGGAGGCUUUGGAAACUUCCUAUUCAAAAAUCGAACAUGAAAUUUGCCGGUUGCUUGCAAUAUUGGACCAGAAGGCAGACCUUGAAAACCCGAAGUCCUGGCCAAAAUUUGUGCUAAGAGUGGACCACCACAUGUGUAACUACUUGACUUCAGGGAAAAGAACAAGACUUGCUGUCCUGAGUAGUUCUCUCAAAGUAUGGAUUCUACUGAAGGUUGCCAGAGGUUUUACUAGAGGUGCAUUUGAGGUGAAACCAUAUACAGGUGACAAGGCAAAAGAUGAGCAGCAUCCGGUAGCCAUUUCAAGACUGCGGUCAACUGAGACUGGAUAUAACAUUCCUGGCAAACAAUUAACUCUCUUCCCAAUUAAAAAGUGGAAAACUGGUGGUAAAUGAAGUUGCAUGACUUGGCUCUCCUUGUUCUUUUCAUACACAGGCCUGCCUUCUCCUGCUUGGCUACUUCCCUUUCAUAUGGUGCUGGCCUUCACUCCCUUUGGAUUUAUUUUUUUGGGAUGAAAUUACUCCCCUUUGGAUUAGGUAGUGUUUCUGUCACCACUUUCUGUUCUUGCUAUCCUAGUUAUUACUAUGUCGUUGUAGUGCUUUUUAUUCAUUCAACUUUUUCAUCAUCUUCCUUUGUUAUCCAACAUCAAAAUUUUGUUUGUUAUUGCUUUACUUAAAUCCAAGUCAUCUUUGUUGGCUUUUGAUCCCUGUGCUAUCAAACUGGAGAACUUUAUGGAUACAUUCUGUU